AUGCCCUUCAGCAAGCAGCUGGUGCAGAUCGUCAAGAAGUUGAGGAUUUCUGUACCUACCAUCACCGGAACCCCUAUCAUGGCUCUUCUGAUAGACCAACGUUGGAAGAUUGAGAAGCACGUACCCGGGAGGACCUUCAGAAAUUUCUCAGAGCCCAUUGACUUCCGGUUUGUUUCUCCCACUUGGAUCCUCGGGAGAAACAUGGUUGUUCACUGUGCACUUGGACACAUCAGGGAGGAGUACAGAGGCGAUCUCCUUGGAUCAGGCCUCACAAUGAUCUCACGCGGGACUGCAGAUGGAGAGAUCGCACGCACCAGGAACGACGACUCCAUCAUUUCAUUUGUCCAAGACUUGGAGGUUCACGUCAGGACUCUGAGACUCAGCUGCGCAGAAGCACGAAGAUGUUCGGAACUCCGUGGAGAGCCGCCGCGCCGGACGCCGGUGGAUGCUACGCCGAGCUCACAGGUUUCUCGCCGCCGUAAAUCUCACCUUCCCGCCACAGCUAACCUCGACCGCAUUCCCUACCCGGGCUUUCACAUAGCAAUAGCACUAUUCCACCAUGCGCCCGCCGAGGGCGAGGGCGGCGCCCGCCACCUGCUCGACGGAAUGCCCCACGGAACACGGGCCAGCUCCAUCGUGCGCGCGCUCAGGGCCUACGCGGUGGACGCCGUCGCCGCCCUCCACUGCGCGUCCCUCAAGUCCGGCGCGGUGCUUGACCCGCCCGUGCGCACCUCGCUCCUCACGGCCUACGCCAGGAGGAGGGGCGACGCGUGUGCCGCCCUGGCGCUGCUCGACGAGGCCGCCCACCCAGACGUGAUCCUGUGGAACGCCACGCUCGAUGCUCUGACACGGAGCUGCCGUCUGGGCGACGCCAUGGUUCUGCUCCGGCGGAUGGCGUGCGUGCUCGGGGCGUUCGAUUCGGCCACCCUGGUCAUCAUGCUGUCGGGGGCGUCACGCGCCAGAGAGAUGGACCUUGGGAUGGCGCACCAUGCUGCGGCCGUGAAGAGGCGCCUCGACACUGACCUAAACCUUCAGAAUGCUCUCGUUGACAUGUACACGAAGUGUGGGCGUUUCUGCGCUACGGAGGCUGUGUUUUGGAGGAUGCCGUGUUGGGACACCACCUCAUGGAAUUCUAUGAUAGGUGGAAGCACGUUCAAUGGACUUUUUGAAGUUUCGGCUUGUUACUUCAGGGAGAUGAUCCGUUUCAUGGUUCAGGCAGAUGAGGUCACCCUGUCUUCUGUCCUUGCAGCAUCUUCUCGCGCAGAUGGUCUUUUCUCCUUUGGGAGGUCCGUCCAUGGCUAUGUGGUCAAGCUUGGUUAUGACGACACUGCGUCUUGCUCGGUGGCGAAUUCUCUUAUAACAUUUUAUUCAGAGCUUGGAUUUACUGAGGACGCAUGGAAUGUCUUUGCAGGCAUUUUGAGUAAAACUUUGGUAUCAUGGAAUGCUAUGAUCAAGGGAUUGGUGGAUAAUGAAAAGGUCAGCGAAGCCCUCUUUGUUUUCCAAGAAAUGAUAUCAGGGUACCAGCCAGAUCGUGCCACUUUGGUGACUGUAAUUUCUGGCUGUGCUGAACAAGGACUACUCUGUGAAGGGAAAGCAAUCCAUGGAUACAUAGUCAGAAAUGGCCUUCUCCAUGAAUCUUCUUCUGUAGGGAACAGCUUACUUGGUUUUUAUAUGAAAUGUGAUGACCCAUUUACUGCUAACCUUCUGUUCAGGACAAUGCCUAUAAGAGACCUGAUCUCAUGGAACACAAUGCUUUCUGGUUACUCAAGAGUUGUCUCACUGGGAGUAGAGGGUCAAGCUAUGUUCAAAGAGCUGCUUUCUGAAGGUUUAAAGUGCACUUUGACCACUAUACUUGCUGUUCUAUCUUCAUGCUCUUGUCCAGAAGACCUUAGCUUUGGCAAAGGAGUUCACUCUGUUAUCCUGAAGUAUGGAUUUGCGAGUGCAGUUUCAGUUGUUAAUGCGUUGAUGCACAUGUACAUAUGCUGGGGGGACACACUGGCUGCCUUAGCGCUGUUGGAAAGAAUAAUGUUGGUAUCAGAUAUUAUUUCAUGGAAUACAGCCAUAGUAGGCUGUGUACAGAAUGGACUACAUGGUGACGCCUUGGAAGCCUUUCGGUUCAUGCAUUCAUCUUUGCCACUAAAUCCUGACAGCAUUACACUAGUUAGUGUUUUAUCAGCAUGUGGAACUCUUAAACUGCACUCCCUAGGAAAGUCCAUCCACUGCAUGUCACUGAAGCACUUGCUUGCAUGCAAUUUGAGGGUGAAGAAUGCCCUGUUAACCAUGUAUUUCCGGUUUGCAGAUACUGAAAGUGCCGAGUCAAUCUUCUAUAGUCCCGGAGAUAUAAAUUUGUGCUCCUGGAAUUGUAUGAUCUCUGGCUUUGCACAGAAUAACGAUGGCUGGAGAGCAUUGCAGUUCUAUCAGAAGAUUGAAGACUUCGUGCCUGAUGAAAUGUGUACAGUCAGUAUCAUCUGUGCUUGCACACAACUAGGGGAUCUUAGAUAUGGAAAGAGCAUACAUGGGCAUGUGGUCAGGUCUGAUCUUCAAAAUAAUUUUUUUUCAGCAUCGCUAGUUGAUAUGUACGGUAAGUGUGGAAGACUCGACGUUGCUGCCAGAGUAUUUGAAUCCUCUGCUGAAAAAUCAGUUGCUUGCUGGAACUCCAUGAUAUCAGCUUUAGGAUUUCAUGGGCAUGGGUUGUGAUCAAUAGAACUUUUCUGCAAGAUGAUUCAGUCUGGGAUGACAGCCACGAGAAGUACUUUUAUUGCUCUUUUGUCAGCUUGCAGUCACUCUGGACUCACUGAUGAAGGAUGGGAGUAUUACCACCUUAUGUCAGAGAAAUUUGGGAUUACUCCAACAGCCGAACACCAUGUAUGCAUCAUAGACAUGCUUGGACAUGCUGGUCGGCUGCAGGAAGCACAUAAAUUUGUGGAGAGUUUACCAUCCAAGGAAGCACAUGGAGUUUGGGGUGCACUGUUAAGUUCUUCCAGUAACAAUGCUGAACUCAGGAUGGGCGAGUCCAUCGCAAAGCAUUUGCUCUGCCUGGAGCCUGAAAACAGUGGUUAUUAUGUGACAAUUUCUAACCUGUAUGCAAAUCAAGACAUGUGGGAUGGUGCAGUCAAGGUUAGGGACAUUUUGCAAGAUAAAGGAUUGAUGAAGCCCCAUGGUCACAGUAUUGUUGGAUAAAGGGUGGCAAAGGAACCAUUGAAGCUAUGCUGUCCAAGAAAAAAUUCCACUAAAUCACCAAAGGUGCACGUUCCCUUCACUAUUUUUUGGCAUGCAGACUCGCUCAAGCACGUUGCAGGUGGUCCUGUUAAUCAGCCACUUAAUCUUAUCUCAUAUUCAGGGAAUAUGUUCUGACAUCGCUAUCCAGUAUGCAUCGAGUCAAUCUUGUGAUAAGCCAACUUUGCAACAUUCUGCCAACGACCAUACAGCUGCAAUUCUGAAUCCGGCAUUUCGGCACUUGACACAGUUUUCCAGAAGAUGCUAACCAGAGGUUUGUCUGUACGGCAACGCACUUGAGAGCCAAGGAAAAGCAAGAUCCAACGGUAUGAAAAUUCUGCAAUGAUGGUACACUGCGUGCCAAAAUUCGCAGUUUAGGCGGGCAUGCUACAACUAGUUUUGGAUUGAUAAAUGGAGGAGCAGACAAAUUGGGUGGUUAUAAUUGGGUGUUUGGGCGCAGGCAGGCAGACACGGAGCAUGUGGCCGCACUGGAAGCCAGCCUAGAAAAAUACUCUGGAGUGGACAGCCAUUAAUCACCACCGUCCUCUCUCUACAACUCCAGCCUGCCUGCUUGCCAGGAUCUCUCUCUCUCUCUCUCUAACAUUUCUAAUCACUAAUAAAGCUUGUGUCAGUCCUUUUUUGGGCAAGAUUUGUUGUCACUGGGCAGUAUUCUCCAGUUAUGUUGAGCACAUGGGCAUGGAGGAAGCUAUUGCUAGCUGGGAGCAAUACACCCGUACACUAAUAGAUGGGCAUUCCCCAUAGUUGUGUGAUUCCUGUGCCAUAUUUGAUGCAGCACAUCUGAUAAAGACAAUUGCUUUCUGGAAAGGCAGCUGCUGGCUCUGUCUGCAGGGGAGAAUAUAUAUGUGGCACCUGUGUCUGCAGGUUCUUUCUUUAGUUCCUUUCCACAGUAAGCAAUCUGCCAUCUGGAUCAGUUCUACCCAAAAAGGGAACAAAGAAUUAGGAGAUUAAACUAAUUUAGAAUUAUUUUAGUCACAUCUUUCCAGAGUAAGAAGUUGCAGUGGAUCAUUUUACAAAAAGAGGAGACAGAUAACUUAGAAUAUUGUUAGUCUCGGGAGGUGAAGAUUAAUGUACCAGUACCUAUGAUGUGACAUAAAAAUUGGUAUGAAUUUGGAUAAUGUGGCUAGUUUGGGGUGAAUCGAAGCUGCGUAAGAUAUUGUUUAUGCCGAUUGCCUAAGCAUGACAUUGAUUAGCUUUGCUAAAGAUGUUUGUAUCAUGAAAGAGGAGGGACG